GUAGGCACACUUUACUAAUAUUCGCUAAAAGUGACCAAAACACGGAAUUUAAUAAAUUAAGCUAACGUAGGCUUUAAUUCUAUUGUUGAUUCUAGAGACAAUUAAUAUACGAAAAAGGUUACGAAACGGAGUUAACAAUGUCACAUAAACCAACACCAUACUCACCAAAUUUCCCUGCAAGUCAUGGAUAUGUACCUCCACCAGAAGGAGAAAAGCCAAAUGAAAGUUACCCCAUGCAUCCUCAAAGCGGCUAUCCUGGCCCACCACCUACUCCUAUGCCACACCCCGGCCUACAUCCUGGGGCACAACCCCUUCCGGGCAUGCAGCAUGGGUUCCAGCCAGGAUUUCAACCUGGCUAUCAACCAGGAUUUGCUCCUGGAUAUCCUCAGCCUAGUGGAUAUCCGGUACCAGUGAUGCAACAACCAGGUCCACAAGCUCCAGGUGGUUGGAUGAAUAUGCCGCAAGGCCUCAGCAACUGCCCUCGAGGUUUGGAAUACCUUUCCAUGAUUGACCAACUGAUAAUGCAUCAGAAAGUUGAAUUAUUAGAAGCUUUUGUUGGGUUCGAGACAAACAACAAAUACACAGUUAUGAACAGUGUUGGUCAAAAAGUUUAUUAUGCGAUUGAGGAUAAUGAUUGCUGCACAAGAAACUGCUGCGGACCUUUACGUCCUUUCGAUAUGAAAAUUAUGGACAACUUCAAUAAUGAGGUGAUUCAUCUAAAUCGUCCUCUGGCCUGCGAUUCUUGUUGUUGCCCGUGUUGGCUGCAAAUCAUGGAAGUAUCAGCGCCGCCCGGCACAUUGAUUGGUUCGGUCGAGCAGAAGUGGUCAAUAUGUCAUCCUAGUUACGUGGUCAAGGACGCGAUUGGCGAUGUUGUGCUGACAAUUAAAGGACCGAUCUGCACAUUCUCUCUAUGCGGUGAUGUUGAGUUUCAUGUGUAUUCGAAGGAUGGAGAAACUAAAGUUGGCAAAAUCACGAAGUCGUGGUCUGGAUUUGCACGCGAAGCCUUCACCGAUGCCGAUAAUUUUGGGAUAAGUUUCCCGAUGGACCUGGACGUCAAAAUCAAAGCUGUACUCCUUGGAGCAUGUUUUCUCAUAGAUUUUAUGUUCUUUGAAAAAGGCAACAACAAUCGCAACUGAUGAAUUCAAAUUUCUUCAACACAACUGAACUUUUUUUUUUU